AUGCGAAAACAGUCGGUCUCGCUGCCGACUAGACAUUUUGCACACGACCCUUACGAGAAACCUGGUCGAUACGAAAACGGCCGUCCCCAAGGCGCUCUGGCGAGAAUGAAGGAACAGUGGAUGACCCAAUCGCAAAGGGCGCGAUGGGUCAAAACCGCUGCCAUCCUUUUUGCCGUCUGCCUCGUCUUUUACUGGCUGUCCCCUCGAGAUGUUGCGGUCCAUGACGCAGUUGCCCACAAGACCCCCAGCACCGGCGGCAGCAGCAGCAGCAGCAGCGGCAGCGGCAGCGGCAGCAAGUUCAACAACAACGGAAAGGACGUGACCCUUAGCGACGGUCCUGAUGGAACGGCGCGAUGCUCCAAGUCGUAUUCCAAAGACAAGCCGCUUGUGCAAUACGUCCUCAUGAUCGAUGCCGGCAGCACUGGAUCUCGAAUUCACGUUUACAAGUUCAACAACUGCGGUCCGGUCCCGGAACUCGAGAAGGAAGAGUUCGAGAUGACCAAGAAGGAGGUUGGCGGCCUCAGCAAGUACGCCGACGACCCAGUCGCCGCCGCCAAAACCCUGGAUCCCCUUCUCGCCGUUGCCAUGAAACACGUUCCCGACAGGCUCAAGGGGUGUAGCCCCGUCGCGGUUAAAGCUACGGCCGGUUUGCGCAAGAUUGGGCCCGAAAAGUCAGAGGCCAUCCUCAAGCAGGUCCGCCAACACCUCGAACACGAUUACCCCUUCCCCGUCGUCACCGACGAAAAGGGCGGUGUUUCCGUCAUGGAUGGUGCCGAUGAGGGUGUCUACGCUUGGAUCACGACCAACUAUCUCCUCGGCAAGAUUGGCGGACCCGACAAGUCCGAGACUGCCGCCGUCUUUGACCUGGGCGGCGGCUCCACGCAGAUCGUCUUCCAGCCCACCUUCAAGCCCGCCAAGAACGGAGGCAUGCCCGAGAAGCUCGCUGAAGGCGAUCACAGGUUUGCCCUCGACUUUGGCGGUCAGAAAUUCGAACUCUAUCAGCACUCCCACUUGGGGUAUGGAUUGAUGGAGGCGCGCAACGCCAUUCACCGACUCCUCGUCAACGACAUGGCCAAGGCUAAGAACGGGGACAAGUCGUGGGAGUCAAAGGCCAUCGUCCACCCCUGCAUCACCCCUGGCCGAACUCGCGAGAUCGAGGUCGAAUUCGACAAGGAGACCAAGAAGACGUACAACUUUACCGGCCCGGCAGAGCCCUCUGCCUCCCACGCCUCCCAAUGUCGCAGUCUUGCGGAGCGAAUCCUGCAAAAGGACAAGGACUGCAAGCUUGCUCCCUGUUCGUUCAACGGCGUCCACCAGCCUUCGCUUUCCAAGACUUUCGCCAAGGAGGAUGUGUACAUCUUCUCGUACUUUUACGACCGCACCCAUCCCCUCGGUAUGCCGGAUUCCUUCACCAUCCGUGAGCUGCAUGAUCUCGCCCAAACCGUCUGCAAGGGCGAGACCGGCUGGGGCACCUUUGACAGCGUCCCUGGCGCUCUAGAAGAACUCAAGGGCCGCGAACAAUACUGCCUGGAUCUUAACUUUAUGACCGUUCUUCUCCACCACGGCUACGAUAUGCCGAUUGACCGAGAAGUCAAGAUUGCCAAGAAAAUCAAGGGCAACGAGUUGGGCUGGUGCCUCGGCGCCAGUCUUCCUCUGUUGGAAGCCGGUUCCGGAUGGUCGUGCAGGAUCAAGCAGAUUUCAUAG